GCACUACUAUGCUUUUGCUAUUGCUAUUGCUAUAUUUAUCCAUUACCCUUCUGUGUCUUGUAACUUACCCACACAAAGCAGAACUCCUGUUUUUGGAAACAUGUGCACGCCUUGUACUUUACCUUGUGACACGACAAACUGUGCAAUUACACCUUCUCACAUACGACGUAAUCUUGGGAACUUUGUUUGUUCCAAGGUAGGUAGGUGUACGAUGUAUCACUGCUACUACGCAACUGCGGAAUAUCGUCCUUCACAAAUCACUGCUAUAGUUUAUUAUUAAUAUGUUCUGGUGAGAAAUUUGUGGGGGUGUCAGAGCAAAGGGCGCCUGAUCCCUGCUAUUGGCUGUGGAAGAAUGAGAUGGGGCGGUGAUGAAAAAUCUAAAAGGUGGGGUGACGCAUUGUGGCUGAGCUUUUCUUGUUGCUGGGAUUGCAUUUCAGUGUGCUGUAGCACUCCGAUUCUCAGUUCCAAGCUCCUCAACUUUGUUUUGGUUCACUAUUUCAAGAUUUCUUCUCACAACUUCUUCUUGGUAUCUGCAAACUGAAGGAUUCCAGAUAGAAAUGUUGUCUUAUCAAUCUGGUAAGCCUUCUGAUUCUUCAAAAUCAGGACAUAGUGCUAGGGUAAUUGCACAGACGUCCAUAGAUGCAAAGCUCCAGGCAGAAUUUGAGGAGUCAGGUAGUUCAUUUGACUACUCCAGCUCAGUCCGGGUGGCAAGUGUUUCCUUUGAAGAGCAGAGACCUCGUUUAAGUAAUGCUACUUCUGCUUACCUUAAUCAGAUACAGAAAGGAAAGCUAAUCCAACCGUUUGGGUGUUUGUUGGCCCUGGAUGAGAAAACGUUCCGGGUGAUUGCCUACAGUGAAAAUGCUCCUGAAAUGCUUACAAUGGUUAAUCAUGCUGUUCCAAGUAUUGAUGACAACUCAGUUCUUGAUUUCGGAUCAGAUAUCAGAACUAUCUUUACUGCUCCCAGUGCUGCAGCAUUACAGAAGGCUUUAGGGUUUGGUGAGGUUUCUUUGUUAAAUCCAAUCUUGGUUCACUGUAGAACUACUCGAAAGCCUGUUUAUGCUAUAAUCCAUAGAGUCACAGGUAGUUUAAUCAUUGACUUUGAGCCUGUCAGACCUCAGGACGUCCCUAUGACAUCAUCUGGGGCCUUACAGUCUUAUAAGCUUGCAGCCAAAGCUAUUAAUCGCUUGCAGUCAUUACCUAGUGGGAGCAUACAAAAGCUCUGUGAUACGAUGGUGCAAGAAGUUUUUGAACUCACUGGUUAUGACAGGGUGAUGGCAUAUAAAUUUCAUGACGAUGAUCAUGGAGAGGUGUUUGCUGAGAUCACGAAGCCUGGCCUCGAGCCUUAUCUGGGAUUGCAUUAUCCGGCCACGGAUCUCCCACAGGCUGCUCGUUUUUUAUUCAUGAAAAACAAGGUCAGGAUGAUCUGUGACUGCAGAGCUAAUCAUGUGAAAGUUAUCCAAGAUGAGAAACUCUCUUUUGAUCUUACAUUAUGCGGAUCAACACUCAGAGCCGCACAUAGUUGCCAUUUACAAUAUAUGCAAAACAUGAAUUCCAUUGCAUCAUUGGUGAUGUCGGUUCCGGUGAACGGAGUUGAAGAUGACUCAGAUUCUUCACGGCCAGAAAAGAGAAAGACGCUUUGGGGAUUAGUGGUUUGCCAUCACACAAAUCCAAGAUUCGUCCCCUUCCCUCUCCGAUAUGCAUGCGAAUUUCUUGCCCAGGUGUUUGCCAUCCAUGUUAACAAGGAACUAGAAUUGGAAAAUCAGAUGCUUGAGAAGAAUAUUCUGCGGACUCAGACCCUCUUGUUCCAUAUGCUGUUGAGAGAUGCACCUUUAGGUAUUGUGUCUAAGAGCCCCAAUGUGAUGGAUCUUGUGAAAUGUGAUGGAGCUGCUCUACUAUACAAGAAUAAAAAAUAUAAGUUGGGAUUAACUCCAACUGACUUUCAGAUUUGUGACAUAGUUUCAUGGCUUGAGGAAUGUCAGGGGGAUUCCACAGGUUUGACUACAGAUAGCUUACAUGAUGCUGGUUUUCCUGGGGCUCUUGCCCUGGGUGAUGCUGUCUGUGGCCUCGCAGCAGUUAAAAUAACUGAUAAGGACUGGCUACUCUGGUUUAGGUCACACGCUGCUGCAGAAAUUCGUUGGGGUGGAGCGAAACACAUACCAGGGGAGAAGGAUGAUGGUCGGAAGAUGCAUCCGAGGUCUUCAUUCCAAGCAUUCUUAGAAGUUGUCAAGACACGGAGUUUACCUUGGAAGGACUAUGAGAUGGAUGCCAUCCACUCUUUGCAACUUAUUCUAAGAAAUGCAUUUAAAGAGGCCGAGGCUAAGGCUUUAGACACCAAGGAAAUUCAUAUGAAGUUUAAUGACCUGAAAAUUGAUGGAAUCCAGGAUCUUGAAGCAGUAACAUCCGAGAUGGUCCGCCUGAUUGAAACUGCCUCUGUGCCUAUCUUGGCUGUUGAUGCGGGGGGGCUUGUGAAUGGUUGGAAUACGAAAAUUGCUGAUUUAACCGGCCUUCCUGUUGAUGAAGCAGUUGGUAGGCAUCUUCUCGAUCUUGUGGAAGAUUCUUUUGUUGACAAAGUGAGUGCCGUGUUGGAAUUGGCACGUCAAGGUAUAUUUUCAAAUGGAAUGACAGCUACAACACUUGCAUGCAAGAAUAUAUGGAUGCACGACUUGAGGCACGAUAGAAAAGGAGUUUGGAAAGAAGAAAGAAACGUACAUUUUGAGAUUAAAACAGAUGGGUCAAGGAGUGAGGCUGGUCCAAUCAGCUUAGUUGCAAAUGCUUGUGCAAGCAGAGAUAUCAUGGGGAAUGUCAUAGGAGUAUGUUUCAUAGCUCAAGAUAUAACCGUCCAGAAGAGCGUGAUGGAUAAGUUCACAAGAAUUGAAGGAGAAUACAGGGCCAUUGUACAAAAUCCUAACCCAUUGAUCCCACCUAUAUUUGGCACAGAUGAGUUUGGCUGGUGUUCUGAGUGGAACACAGCUAUGGUGAAACUAUCAGGAUGGAAUCGGGAGGAUGUGAUCAGUAAAAUGCUUAUUGGUGAAGUCUUUGGUACACAUGCAGCUUGUUGCCGUCUCAAGAGUGAAGAGGUUUUGGUGAACCUUGGUGUUGUACUCAACAAUGCCGUGACUGGUCAAGAUUCUGAAAAGAUACCAUUUGGUUUUUUCUCGAGAGGCGGGAAAUAUAUAGAAUGCCUGCUUUCUGUGAGCAAAAAGUUGGAUGGAGAGGGUGUAGUAAAGGGAGUCUUCUGCUUCUUGCAGCUGGCAAGUCAUGAGCUCCAACAAGCACUUUACGUCCAAAGAUUGUCAGAGCAAACUGCUAUGAAGAGAUCGCGAGUCCUAGCUUAUGUGGCAAAGGAGAUCAGGAAUCCUUUGUCUGGGAUAAUUUUCACUCAGAAGAUGAUGGAAAGAACUCAUGCGGAUGAUGAGCAGAAAAGCUUGCUGCACACUAGUCUUAAUUGUCAGCGUCAGAUAAACAAAAUUCUUGACGACACUGAUCUUGAUAGUAUAUUGGAAGGGUACUUGGAUUUGGAGAUGGUGGAGUUUGAGCUGCAUGAUGUCCUCAUUGCUUCCAUCAGUCAAGUCAUGAUGAAAAGCAUAGCAAAGGGCAUUAUGAUAGUCGAUGACUUGGCUCCGAAUCUGUCAACCGAAACGUUUUAUGGAGACAGCCUCAGGCUUCAACAAGUACUAGCUACUUUCUUGCUAGUGUCAGUUAAUGCAACACUGAGUGGUGGCCAGCUUGGUCUCACAGCCACUUUGACUAAGGACGCUUUAGGCAAAACUGUUCAACUUGGCCGAUUGGAAUUCAGAAUAACGCAUAGUGGAGGAGGAAUAGCGCAAGAAUUGUUGAGCCAGAUGUUCGGUGAUGCGGCAGAAGUGUCUGAAGAUGGCAUCAGCCUCUUUAUCAGCAGAAAACUGGUGAAGCUCAUGAACGGAGACGUUCAGUACUUGAGGGAGGCGGGACGUUCGACUUUCAUCAUAACUGUCGAACUUGCAAUCUGUGAUAAAGCCCGUGAAUGAGUGCUAAGACGUUUCCAAGCCCCGUGCUGAGAACUUGUGUUCUUCAGAAGAGGACUAUGAAAAAUCUGUUAGUUUUCUGCUGCUGUUUCAACUUGUACCUUUGGGGUCUUUUUGUCAUAAGGUGAAUUUAUUAGUUCAUAGAGAAGUUGGCGUGCCUGCAGCCUGCCUCAAAGUUAUCCCAAUAAAGUUGUACCCAUUGAAUUUUCUAUUUUAAUUUUUAUCAAAUCUUCUUCGAUUUCA